CAUUGAUUGGUUUGGUGACUUUUGGAAUUGGCCAAUCACAGACAGUCCUACCGCUGUGUGAAAAAAUCCGGAUAAUCAAACCUGGUAUUUACGCGACCCCCGACAAAUGCUCGCACGUGAGAGUGGGCCGGUUCUCAGUCAAUUGCAGAGUGAGAUGUUCCUAAAGCAAGCCACUAGAUGCGGUAGGCACAUCCCAUGACAAUCCUUAGAACGUUGCUAAUCAAUUCGAGUAGUGGAGGCCAAGGGCACGCUGGUUCGAGCGCUGUCAACUCGAAGUGGCGCCGUAAGUGUGCGCCCAAGCAUGCCACCUCGGUUCGCGUUGUUGAAAGCCCGCGGCAAUAACCUGUCGCUCCGAAUUACAGCCAUGGGCGUGCUAGGCUUUGCUGGUGCUCGAGUGUUUAUGUCGCCUUCAACGCUGUGCCAAGGAGGCGUCUCGGAAGCUCCCGCUACGAGAACUGCUGUCUUUCGCAAUGGUGGCACGAAUGAUCGAAACAACGACGAUCCCAGCAACUUCAUUGCCACAGUGCUGAGAUUUCUGUGUGGUGCAGCAGUUGGCAGCGUGGUGUGUCCUAUCGUAACGGAGGCUGCAAUCCCACUAGCUAUUGGAGUUGUUUUCGGUGUACACGUUGCGUCAUUGACGGGGAUCUUUGAGUUUACGUGGACGGACGUCGAAAAGUCGUUUGUGUCGACGUACAUCGCAAAAGGCCAAGUCAAGUGGGGGCAACUUCGAGUUGACGUUAUGCAAUUCUUGAAGCUCGAAGAGUCGCCAGAACUCAUGCAUGCUGUUGCAGGGUUUCACAAAUGGGCUAAACACAACUUGUAUUCAGGUACAACUACUGUAACUACCGACGGCAUCUUAUUACCGAGUUUACGUAGUUGAAUUUGCUUUGGGGGUACUUUGGUACGUUUAAGCAUGGGAUCGUCUCCAGUGCCAUUACCACCCCCUAACGUUACGAGUGGGAAUGUCUUUGUUAAUUCGAAACAAGAAAACCAUCAAAUAUUUCACUUGGUCUUUGGCUCGUGCGACUUCAACCGGGACUUGGCCUGCGAACCCAACUUUUGUGAUUCCACACAUCGGAUUGUACCUACAGUAUGUGCCCUGGCCACAGUACAAUCUCCAUGCUUCGAGUUGGCCGCAAGGGUAUUCCAGUACUUCAAAUGGUUGGAGCGAAAAUGUCUUUAUGAA